AUGGCUUUCGUCUGCUAGGGAAAUAAAACGAACCCAACAAUAUCAGCGGCCUUAUACCGAGAUUUGCAGUUUCAAACUUUGCCCGUUUUCUUUAUUAUAAUGUCAAAAGUUGCAAAGAAGGUGGUGAAAGCGAUGUCGAAGAAGACUAUAGCGAAAAUUGAUCAUGGCAAUAGAAUGGAAACGUAUAUACCUUCGGGAAAAGCAGUUGCAGGUCCUCCACUUGGCCCUCAAUUAGGACAGAAAAACAUAAAUAUUGCAGCAUUUUGUAAAGAAUUCAAUGAAAGAACCAAGGAUUACAAAGAGGGGAUUCCUUUGCCCUGCAGAGUAGUUGUGAAUCCUGAUAGGACAUUUGACCUUACCAUUAAUCAACCUCCAGCUACAUAUUUUCUGAAACAAGCAGCAGGCAUUCAGCGGGGAGCCAUGAAACAUGCUCAAGAAGUAGCAGGAAAAGUUUCCCUCAAGCAUGUCUAUGAAAUUGCGAAAAUCAAACAACAGGAUGCAACACUAAGCUUCCUGCCUCUAGAAACAAUUUGUAAACAGGUUGUUGCAAUUGCCAAAAGUUGUGGAAUUGAAGUAGUUCCAAAAUUGGAUGCCGAAGAAUAUGGAGAAUUUUUGAAGGAAAGAAAGAUAAUUGUAGAGGAGGAGUUAAAAGACUUACAAGCUAAGAAAGAAGCUCGUAUGUUACGAACGGCAUAGCAUGUGUAUUCUCAAUUGUAGUCAAUAAAUUUGUCAACUUUUUCCUUGAA